ACUCCGCGAACGUGACUGUUGGCGCGCUCGCGAGCCGUAGAGCGCGCGUGCCGGCCCGGAGCCGACGAGAAGAGGCGGGAUAAGUGAAUACGUGUGAGGCGCGAAAGCAGCGUGUGCGGUCCGUCGCAAUUUCGGUGUCGGAUAACGCGACCCGCCAACGCCGUCGCCGCCGCCGCCGCCGCUACCGCCACGACCGCGACCGCGCGACCGUCACCACCGCUGCCACCGCCGCAGCCGCAGCCGCCGGGAUUCAGCACCGGGAGGUAGCGCGCGCGCGAGAGAGAGAGAGUCUGGCGAAUCGAACAGCGCUCUCGCCGAAAUCGAACGCCAUUGAUUUCUCGCGAGACCACGGCCCCAAACGACCGUGCUCCAACUACUAAGAGAGCGUCGCGCGCUCCUCCACAGCACGAGGAGUGAACACGUCUUCCUCCUUCACCUCCUUCCGUUCCGCUCCUCUCUAUUCUCCACCUCCUUCUACUUUUACUACUACUACUACUACUACCACUGCCUACUUCUCUUCCUUCUGUUCCUCCUCCCUCCUCCCUCCUCCUCCUCCUCUGACUCCUCUCCCAUCGUUCUUCGUCGCGGAUGCUGGACAAGGCGCGCGCGCGCGCCAACGUAUGCCGACGGUGAGGUCCAGAUCGGCGAGGUGCAAUCUCCACGAGCGCGCGAUAUCAUCGUCCGAGACGACGCGCACCGUCGCGCGCUGAGCUGCUGCGCGGCAGUUCGCGCCGCCGUCAUGGCAACUAGAGGAUUAUCGGCCGCUCGGCAGCCGGACGUGUAACCCCGCUGCGUGUACAACCAUCACGUGGUCAAAGGCAACACAUCGAUGGCCCUAGAAUCAAAUGGCAACAACGUGGUGUGGUUGAACGCAACCCGUCCUGAUCAAAUACAGCAGAGUCAACCAAUUGAGCAGCCAUUAAAGUGUUCCAUGUUUACUCAAACGGAGCAAUCUAAUAGUUUUACUCAGACUGAGCAAAGCAAUUCGAGUUACGCAGACCAGAGACAGCAGCAAGCAGCAAUGUUUGACCCUCAACAAAUCCAGCAGCAGCAGGCUGCACAGAGUCAGCAGUCGCAGCAGCAACAGUCUCAGCAGAUAUAUGUAACGUCGGACAAGAAGGAGGACAAGUCCCAGCAGCAGCAGUCCGGCACGGCUGAUGGUUUCCCUUCUUUCUACUACAACGUCAACAUGCUACAAAAGGUUCAGACAAACGCGGUGAGCACAAUCAGUGCGAUCGCUGCCGACGACAAGGCUUGUUAUCGUUUCGAUGUGCAACCUGUCGGUUAUAACACAAUAUUGAACCAGAUGAGCAUUGCCGCUGCUACCAAUGCGACCUUCAAGUGUGACAUUUGCGGGUUGGUCUUCGGCCACAUGAGCCUGCUGACUCACCACAAACGGAUUCACAACACGACACCCAGCAAUCUGCAGCAGCCGCAGCAGCAGGUUGUGGUACAAACGCCGACAACAGUGACUGUCGCAACCACGCCGGACAGACCGUACACUUGUGACGUUUGUGGGGCGUGCUUUGCAUUACCGGGAGAAUUAAAAAGUCAUAAAACAAACAUGCAUCAGAAACCUAAGAUGCAAAUUUGUGAAGAUUGUGGCAGUGAGGACCCAUGCGAACAUCAUCCAACUAAAAUUAAAAAGACUAUCAAACCUGGUCAUCAUCCAGUGAAACGGAGGGGUGUUACCAGUGUCACCAAGUGUCACAAGUGCAACGGCACGGGAAUUAUUUUUAUAGGUAAACACGACGAAAAAAAUUCCGGAAUCAAUUCCCUCGCAAAGUGUGGCGGUUGCAAGGCUACAGGCCGCAUCAUCAUAGGAAGCGGCAAGCAAAACAGUCAGAAUCAAGCGGAGAAACCAUUUCAUUGUAACGUCUGUGACGGCACAUUUUCUCGAUAUUCUUCACUCUGGUCCCAUAAGAGACUUCAUACGGGAGAUAAACCAUUCAAAUGCGAAGUGUGUGGCUUAGCAUUUGCAAAAGCUGCGUACUUGAAGAACCACGGACGAGUUCAUACCGGUGAGAAGCCGUUCAAGUGCAAUGUUUGUGGAAUGCAAUUUUCGCAAAGUCCGCACUUGAAAAAUCACGAAAGAAUCCAUUCCGGUGAGCGACCAUACCAGUGCGAGGUUUGCGAAAAAACAUUCGCUAGACAUUCGACGCUGUGGAAUCAUAGAAGAAUUCACACCGGCGAGAAACCGUACAGGUGUAAUAUAUGUGGUUCCGCCUUCAACCAGGCCACGCAUCUUAAGAAUCACGCGAAGGUCCAUACCGGUGAAAAGCCGCACAGGUGUGAUAUAUGUGAAAUCGGCUUUUCCGAUCGUUUUGCGUUGAAACGUCAUCGUGCGAUCCACGAAAAGUACGGUCAGACGGCGCGAAACCAAAACGCGAAUAAUCCGGCUAACGCACAACAGGCCAACGCGAGUAGUCAGCAGCAGCAGCAGCAGCAGCAACAACAGCCGCAGCAGACACAGCCAGGCCAGGUCGUGGUGGUGAAUGCAGCCACUCCUGUCACCGUCAGCCAAGGGCAAGGUCAAGCAGUGAUGCUCGAAGAGGUCUACAAGUGUCAGGUGGCCUUCCCAGAGCCUAAAUGAUUCAGCUAGAGAAUACUUUUCAGGAGCUGGUAAAAAGGUUAACUUUUUUAACCCUUUUCUAAACAAAUAUUAAUCACUCAAGACGAGCGAAAAUCACGUAUGUAUGUAUGAAAUACAGAUACAAAAACUGUGUCUGAAGAGAGAGUGUGUCCUGAAAGUGAUCGAGUGGCGCAUCUCUUUAUCUAAUUUUUUUCUCCUUUUUUUUCGUGUGCGACGACUUCGUUUCCGUGGAAGAAUAUACGACGACUGCUUGGUAAAUAACUUGGAUUUAAGUGGGUAAAGGUUUAGAGGGAAAAAAGGACAAAAAAAGGAAUGGAGAAACUCUGCGAUAUAUUGCGCGAGUGAGAAAUUUUGUGGAAUGUGUGUCCCCGGAAGAGUUCGGCUCGUAGAAUAAUCGGAAGCCUCUCCCAACCGCCAAGAUCAACGAAAAUCUCGUGUGAAAUAGUAGAGAAUUGAAUGUAUCUACUUUAUAUAUUCUGCCAUUUGCGACAAGUGUGGAAGGGAAAUUGGAUCGUAUCGCAGCGAGUCUCGUAUAUACUAGUUAGAAAAAUAUAUAUCGUAUAAUACAUGAUUGGUGUAUGAUAAAUAUACCAAAACUUUCAAUACACUAACAUAUAUGCGGUAUAUUUUCUAGUAUAUACGGAACACGCAAUCCUUACUCUUAUUUAUGUGUAAUCAUCAGUUUGUUCAUGUAAACGGGAUUGCUGGACAUCUUUGACCGAAUAUCACAAUGUAUCGCGACAUGACAGUGUGCAAUAGUUGCAAAAAAUUUUACUAUUAGACCGACGAAGUGUACUUCCGACGAAUUGUAAUAACGACGGAUUGCGUGUAUUUCGGGUACAAGUAUGAGGUAUUGAAUAUUUCUAUGAAGAUUCGAAGACAAUGCGUUGCACCUUUCCAAUCACAAAGCGAGAGAAAAUAGACGAAAUGGAAAGAAACGACUAUGUUCGUACAAUACCCAAACCUCGGCCCUUCUCGAUAUCAAAGUGGAAAUAAGCCUUGAAAACUUUCAUCUUCUUAGAGUCUCCAUUUAAUUUCGAUCGUGAUUGUCUCAAGUCUGAUGAACUGCGCGACAAUGCGGAUAGUUGACGAACGGAGAAUUUCGAAUAGCGCCUUGGGGAAAAGCGUGGAGCGGAACGAUCAGUGCGAGCCCUCUUCCGUCCAGUCAUUCGGGAACAGAAAAAAAGCGUUGCACUACCGAGAUGACGACAGCGACCGCGACGAUAACGACAGCACGAAUAUAAUGUGAAGGUAUUUUUAAGUAUUGAGAUACCUAUAACUCGCUGAAGCUGCAAUAAUAAUGACGAAUAUCGUUGGGCAGACUAAUCUGUUUUAUAAUUUUAAGACCGCGAGCUAUAUAAAUAUAUCAAUUAAAACAUAGUUUCUAGUUUAUAACGACAAGUAGCCGACUAGAUAUCUAUGCAUAUAAAUGUGGAUAUCCGUAUGUGUGUGUAUAUGUAUGUACGCGCAUACGUAUAUACACACAUCUAUACACACAUACAUUAAUUUUUAUAUCCCCACUUGUUAAAGCGAUCCCGCACCGUCGCUAUUCUUAAGUAUCGAGAAUCACCAAACAGAUAGUUUGUACAUCAACGGUUCCAUACAUUCACGAUUGGUGGCUUGCACCGUGCGGUAAAGUCAAGGUAUUAUCUGACCUAUCGCUUUUUCGAAGCUAUUAUUUGGGUAUUCUUUCGAGCACCGGUAGAGGUAGAUUUUGUGCAACAGUUUCGCUAUUAAAGCUAUAAACAUUUCUUUUUAUCGUUAUUAUUUAAUUGUUUUUGCGCCUUUACUAGAACAAACUUCUUAACGAGUUGAAUAUCGUGUAAAACACUGUAUCAGUUUCUUUUCUCUCUCUCUUUUUUUUUUCUACAGUUUUAGAAAAGGUUUUAUUUCUUGAAUUGCAAAAGUCAGACGAACGUGACUCGAGAAUGACUUCAGAACAAUUCUUUUUAUAGAUGAAAGAUAGAUUUACUGUAUAUUCACGCGGGAAAUAUUACGAGGCACACACAAUUAUGCUCGUCAUUAUACGACACCAGUCAGUUUUCUAUGCGAUCGUCAGUGAGUUCGCCCGAAGUCUUACACGGAAUCCGAAAUUGAGGAUUUCUUUGUUUUAUUAACCAACAUGUAAAAUAAAGGUACACAAUCAUAUAAUUUUACUUUUAUAUGAUCAUAAUACCUGUUACAGUAUUUUCGAUUAGAUUAGAGAGUUUAUGGUGAAUUUUCUUAGCCCCGUAAGACCGACCGGUCUUUCACACGCGGGAUUAGAGUAGCAUUAUCUAAGCUGCGACUUGAUAACCAGCGAUCUAUCGAAGCGCAUUUAUCGCCACUUUCUAUAUGAUAUCUUUAACGUUGUUGCUUGAAUAUUCGUCAAACGAACCGGCAACGACGUGGAUAACUGCGGGCAAGUUUGCUCCGGCUGAAAACAAAAUAAGUCGAUCGUACAAAAACCUAGUAAAAACCGUGACGAUUUAUGUGCUACAAGGUGUACACCUGUAACUGACGAGUCGCAGAUUAGAUACAUUUAAGUUACAGUAUGCAUCUUAGUCAGCACAUAACGCAGCAUCUCGUAAGUUUUAUCACGAAAUGGCAAUACUUUGUUCUCUCGCGUUAAUACGAUAAUAAGAAGGGAAAUUUCUGUGUAUCUCGGAAUAAGCAGCGAAACUGUUUUUGCGUAUGUUCUUUUUUCUCCGAUCACGACGAGUGAUAGCGAAAGCACAAGAAUCAUUGAGAUGCCGCUGUUUCGCAGUUUUCUCGCAGAGGCAAUGUCGCCAACUUUUCUUUCUCUCUUUGUGAACUUUAUUUACUUCCGAAAGAGAAGCCUCGUCCUAAUAGAUAGUUUUAUUUAGAGCAGGAACUUUACGUCACAGUAUUGUGUAUAUUCGCUAGAAUAGACGCGGAUAGGUCGUUUCUCAUGCGUAUAGACAGUAUUGCUACAGUCGUUAACAUCUCUCAUUCGAUAGAAUGACUUACGGAUCUUAGAGACUAAUGACGUACAGGGCGACAAUAAAGCAAUUUUCGUACGUUUCACAAUCAUCUUUGUAUUCUCGUAAGAUAGAGAAUUAUCUGCGAUGUGUCGUCGUGCAGCAUACACACACAUACAUGCACCUUGUACGUAGCUACUAAUCUUUAUUUUACGCGUGCAGGGGUAAUCAUCCCAAAUAUCCCUGAUUUUCCACUUGCCAAUUUUGUAAUCAGUUUCUCUUCCGCUUUGCUGGAGAGAAAUCGUCUCGCACACUCAAAUGUCUAACAAGUAUACUUAUUGAUCAAUUUGUACACCCUGCAUUUUUUUCUCCUGCACGUUAUUUUAGUUUUUAUUCUUUACACAACACGUUCGGAAAUUCGGUCGAACGAUAUCAGUCUACUUUCCUUUUACGACAAUUGACAUCGCGGACAACUAUACAUUUUAUUCCGUUCUACUUCCUUGCGAGUCUUUUUUUUUUUUUUUUUUAAUAUCCUCGCGCUAUUCGCAAAACGAACGAUCUUCGAGAGCUCUAUUCCUCAGGUGUACAAUAUAUACUUGACACACACUAUGUACAUAAGAUUAAUAAUUACUUGUAUGAGUACGCAGUCUGUUUCCUUAUUUUUUAUUGUGCGUCAUAGAAUCGAGGAAAUUUUUCUUACGAUUAAGCCGCAUCCGUGUACACGGCAGAGCGAAUGUAUCUGAUAUCAAACGUUCAAUUUAUUAAACAGACACGAUAAAGGUGUUGAAAUGCCGAAGAAAAAAAAAUCCCAGAUCGAACAAGAGGGCUCUAAUUAUCGUCACGGAUAACACAUGAAGAAAGAUGCGAAGGACUUGCUGAACGAAAGCUUUUCUCUCUCUCUCUCUCUCUCUCUCUCUCUCUCUGCCUCGACGAUCGAUAGCGAUAAUAUAAACUAUCCUCGACGACAUUCUCUCAAUUAAUAUCUCUCAUAAAACAUAUUUUUGUGAAAAGCCUCUAUUUUGAUUACAUCUCACUAUCUCUAUCGAAACUGUGAUCUGACGGUCAAAUUUGCAAGCGCGGUGGCACACACACACACACAUACACAUACAUACACACGGCUUAAUUAAGACGUCUCAUCAAAACUUAAGACAAAUACUCCUAGAAGCGCUCGCACGAGCGGAUACCUUGCGUUUCACGCGCGCGCAUACGAGCUCUUUUUUCGAGAAGAUACUUUUAUACGCAACGCCGAAAGAAGCUCCUGAUUACAAAAGAGACUGACCGAGAAUUGUUAAAUGACAAAAAUCGGGUAAUAAUCGGAGAAGAACGAUGUAUGCGUGCGUAAUUACAAACCAUCAGGCGCGUGAAUAAUUCUAAGUAGUUUGUCGAGAAUUGCUGCGGCGGGGCACGCCGUUGCUCUCGAGGAUCGCGAGGAGUCGUCGCGUCCUCUUCCCUCGCGCAUCUUAUCGUGUGAUGAAGCACAACCGAGUUUCCCGGCAAACGCGUCGAUCGCUCUCGAAAGAAUCAAUUUAUCCUUCGAUCGAGUCCUUCAGUUAGCGUCCCAAAUUGUCGCGAGAUCGCGCGGCGACGACGCCGACGAAGAGCGGAAAGUUUCAUCGGGAUUCCGCAAAGGCGUGGAGAGAUCUCCCGUCGACGACGUGUCUACCCGCAGCAAUUCCACGCUCCGAGAUGAAACGUCUCAUGUAGACAGAGACAACCUAGAGCUUCCGUUUGUAAAUCAAAAAGUCGCCUGGAAGCGUCUUCCUUAAUCUCGCGCGAGUGUACUCUGAUUUAGGCCGGGACUCUUCGUCGUUGCUUCGUUGUACAUACACGUUUGCGAGGAGAAGGCGAGAAGAGGAAAAAGAAAGAAAAAAAAAAGGAAAAAGAGAAACAAGGAGAAAAAGCCGCGGCAGGGCGAGAGGUCCCGAAUGAUAUUUUUUCACUAGACACAUCUCUCACAUCGCUAUUCGUAUUUCCGGAAAUGUAACUCUAAGGAUCUCCGAAGUGGUAUGGUGGUACAGAACGAGCUAGCUCGCGGUUUUUCGUCGUUUCGAGAUCGACGUCUCGAGAUAUUCAGGUCGUUUCUAAUUUUUAUGCACUCUCAAGGGUCGAGGUUUCGGGGCGGAGGUUCAGUGCGAUGGCCACACGAGAGCCGAACUCUUUCAUCCGUCUCUUGCGUACGAAAAAAAAAGAAAUCUUACAAAUCCACACUCCCGGAGAGAGGGGAGGAAAUACCUCGUAUUCGUACGCAAAAUUCCCCCGAGUUUCCUCACUUGCAAAGUGACUGUGUCGCCGUGGAACUUUCGAUGGGUCUGAAAGGCGAGCCUCCGCUUGUUGUGCGCGCCGUUAAAAGAACUUCACGUUCGCGCGAAGCGAGGCGAGCGAGAGCGGCGCGGCGGCGCGACAAUUUCGUUACAAUUUGUACAUUUCCGCCUGUCGACGCGCGCUGUCGCCCGAAUUGUACGCGAUUCCGCGGGUAUGUAUGUACACCCCCCCCCCCUCAAUUCGAUUAUGAUUUUCGGUGCGACCACGAUGAACGGCAAAUCGAACCGACUAUCGGUCUCUCGCGCACUUGUCACGCACGAACUUUGGCCAAGUUUCGAUUAUUCAUUGCCAAUAUUGAGAAUCUAUAACUUGUAUUAUGUGUAAUAUAAAUUUUUAAUAUUGCCAGUGGAUAUCGAAGCACAGCCAUAGAAAGAGGAGGAGGAGGUGGAAAAGUAGGAAGAGGAUACGUACUACGCGCGUGCUAAUUCAUUUGUAAUCGGUUCUCGUCGGAUUAAUUCACGCAUGUAUAUCCAAAUGGAAACGAAAACGACGACGACGACGACGACGACGACGACGACGACGUAACGACGAUCGUAGCGAUUUUUGAUAAUAAAACACGUUCCUAAUAGAUCGUUCCGUUCGCUAAACGAUCCGUUCUUCGUCGCUUACGAUUGUAGUGCUGAACGAAUGCGUGAGAAAGACGACGACGACGACGACAACGACACAGUCCUGGCGUGAACGCAACUGUGUGCGCGUGUAUGUGUGGGGACAUCGCUACUUGCCGAGCGACGAAGUAACGAAAUGGCCUCUCUCGUAAUGUAAGGAGACUGAGGAGGAACUUCUUUUCUCCCCGGAAAAAAUUUGCGA